CUGUCAGGUGAAGUACAGUCCUAACCCAGUAGGAUCUUGUGCUACUUCUGUUUGGGAUUUUUCCUCUUUUUUUUUUUUUCUUUUUUUUUUACUCUGGUUUGGUUGCCUGAUCUUCCUGUGCAUACAAACCUUUUCCUUUUCCCUUGCUUUCCUUUCUCCUUUUCCCCUCCACCUCCCGGGCUAUGCUCUCCUCACCCACUGUGAUCCUCCAGCCUUACGGACUUCCCGUCUAUCCACAGACAACCACAUGCUACCCCAGCAUAGUUCAGGGGGGCCCCGCCCAGGAGGCCGGGGCUGGCAGCGGAGACCCCACCCUCCCACAGGUUUAUGCUCCGCCCCCUUCGUACCCUCCGCCGACUCAGGGCCCACCAACAUCUGCCAGCAGGCUGCCCACUCUUGAUUUCAGCUCGCACAGCUCCGACUACCCCGAACACCCCCAGCUCAGGGUCUAUCAGGGCCCCCAGCUCGAAGGGGUCGACACUCUGACCCCCAGCAACACGGAGGAUGCUUUGGCCAGCGUGACCUCCGACCCCCAGGCUCUCGGUGUGUCUGUGUCGUCGGGGGCAGGAGCGGGAACCGGAACAGAGGAGGAAAGCUCGGGGAAGGCCCAACCAAAACGCCUGCAUGUCUCCAACAUCCCUUUCCGCUUCAGAGACCCUGACCUCCGCCAGAUGUUUGGGCAAUUUGGCAAAAUCCUCGAUGUAGAAAUCAUCUUCAAUGAAAGAGGGUCAAAGGGUUUUGGAUUUGUGACUUUUGAGAGUGCCACGGAGGCAGACCGAGCGAGAGAAAAGCUAAAUGGGACGAUCGUAGAAGGGAGGAAGAUUGAGGUCAAUAAUGCCACUGCAAGAGUAGUCACCAAGAAGCCUCAGACACCUCUUAUGAAUGGAGAAAUAUCAACAUCUGGUUGGAAGAUCAACCCUGUAAUGGGAGCAAUGUACGCACCUGAGCUUUAUACAGUUGCCAGUUUUCCAUACCCUGUAGCGACUCCUACCUUGGCGUACCGGGGAUCAGCACUGCGAGGUCGGGGUCGUGCCGUGUACAACACGAUUCGCUCUGCGGCCGGCACGCCUGCUGCUGUCCCCGCCUACCCGGGGGUUGUAUAUCAGGAUGGACUAUAUGGAGCAGAGGUUUAUGGAGGUUAUCCUACAGCGUACAGAGUGGCUCAGUCUGCAUCUGCUGCUACCGCAGCCUACAGUGACGGAUACGGACGGGUUUACGCCGCAGCAGCCGACCCUUAUCACCACUCAGUUGGACCAACAACCACAUACGGAGUCGGGACGAUGGCCAGCCUGUACCGAGGGGGAUACAACCGCUUCACCCCCUACUGAGCCUCCCAGAUGUUUGCAUCUGUCACGAACUCUGGGACUGGGAUAGGUCAUGAUAUCUUAAAGCUUGGAAAUGUCAGUUAUCCUUCACAGAGACGAUCCCAGAGUGGAUCCCUUAGGACCCGUUUGUCUGCUGAAGAAGAAGAUCUUAUGUAAUUUAUUAGGCCUUUACCUGAGUUUGUUUGAGUGAACUGAUUCUACAGAGACAUUGGCUGGUGUUAAAUGCUGUGAGACUA